AGGGGGAGCUGUUCCCUCGGCAGGUCAGAGUCAGAGACCACAAGGGGCAGGCGAGCCCCAGAGCGCCCACCUCCCCUUGCCUGGGAAAUUGGAAGUGGAGCUGGGGAGAAGGAGGUGAAAAGGAUGGGCAGCAAGGAAGAUGUGGGGAAGGGAUGUCCGGCGGCCGGCGGCGUCUCCAGCUUCACCAUCCAGUCCAUCCUGGGCGGGGGCCCUUCCGAGGCACCGCGGGAGUCAGCCGGGUGGCCAGCCAGGAAACGCAGCCUGUCUGUGUCCUCGGAGGAGGAGGAGCUGGACGAAGGCUGGAAAGCGCCGGCUUGCUUCUGCCCAGAUCCGCACGGCCCCAAGGAGCCAAGCCCUAAGCACCAUCCCCCCAUCCCUUUCCCUUGCUUGGGUACCCCCAAGGGCAGCGGAAGUGCAGGGCCUGCGGGCUCGGAGCGCGCGCCUUUCCUUUCUCCUUCUCACUCGGACUUUAAGGAAGAGAAAGAGAGGCUCUUGCCGGCGGGCUCGCCCUCUCCGGGCCCGGAACGGCCGCGGGACGGCGGUGCGGAGCGACAGGCCGGAGCGGCCAAGAAGAAGACGCGCACCGUCUUCUCCCGCAGCCAGGUGUACCAGCUCGAGUCCACCUUCGACAUGAAACGCUACCUGAGCAGCUCGGAGCGCGCCUGCCUCGCCUCCAGCCUGCAGCUCACCGAGACCCAGGUUAAGACUUGGUUCCAGAACCGCCGCAACAAGUGGAAGCGGCAGCUCUCGGCCGAGCUGGAGGCGGCCAACAUGGCACACGCGUCGGCGCAGACUCUCGUGGGCAUGCCGCUGGUGUUUCGGGACAGCUCACUGCUGCGAGUGCCGGUGCCGCGCUCGCUCGCCUUCCCGGCGCCGCUCUACUACCCCAGCAGCAACCUCUCGGCCUUACCGCUCUACAACCUGUACAACAAGCUUGACUACUGAGCCGCUCGCCGGCUCCCGGGGCGUCCCAGGCCGCCUGCAGCCGCCUGCGUACCGGGGGCGCGGGCGGCGUCCUUCCCAGGGUUCCGGAGCAGAGCGUCGCGUGUUCAGAAAUAUUAAGAAAUACACCAUGUGUAUUCGUUAUGUCUUAUUUAUGGCCUCUUCUCUACUUUUUUUGUUUGUUUGUUUGUUUCGGGUAUUUAUCCGCAUUCCUCAAGCCAGAACACCUGCUUUCUACACAAAAACCAAACCAAUAUGCGUUUGAAAACUCUUUUGAAAGGGGAGAUUCUCGUGUGGUGGUGGGAAAGGGAGUUUGGGCUAGGUAGGUUUUGGCUGGUAGCAAGAAAAUAAAUCAGAAGAACACCAACAAAACCGGAUACUCUUUCUCCCAUAUAUACACCUGUAUAUAUAUGUGUGUGUAUGUGUUGUGUGUGUGUAUAAGAACACACGCUCAGCCAAGCCGAGCCCACUGGGGCCUUGGUCAUUGAACUAAUCACCUCUCUUCAUUCCCUUCAUCUUGAGGGGUGAAACGAGGAGAACACAGAUCUGUAAAUAUUUUUAAAGAGAAAAAAAUAAAACGUUUU